AUGAAAAUUGGCGGUAAUGCUUUUGUCAACAAAUUUAUCGAAUGUAUUGUCGAUACUUCUUUAACUGAUGAUAAAGGUCAAAAUAAUCGGCAAAGUGAAAGGAGUAUAAUUAGCGAAACUGGAACUAAAAAAGACGGCAGCACUUACCGAAAGAAUACUAACAAAACUAAACUUGCCAAACCUACUCAAGAUAAAAGCCCUAGUUUUGGUUCUACUUUUCUACAACCCCAUCUUUACGCCAUCGAUCAUACUAAAUGUGAAUACACAAUGUAUCAAUUUCAACAUCGUUAUCGGUUGAGUGGGGUUUAUCCUCUUUCCCUUAGAAUAGAAUACAAUCAAAAUUUGUUGAACCAAUAUCGAAGUAGAAGAGCUUUAAAAGGAAAAAUGACAUACGAUUAUUUUAAUUCAAUGACUUUUGGAGAAUUUUUAGACAGCCCCGGAAUGUUGAAAGCCAAUGAUUAUACCGAAUUUUAUCAAAAAGAAUUGCCUCUUUCCAUUAAUGAAAGCAGUCGCGGUGGAACUACCACCGGAAGUUUUAAUAUUAAAAGUAUAAAAACUAAUCUCAAAAGUGCUACUGGAAAAGAUGAACAAGUUGGCAUAGAUAAUAUGGUUUGA